AUGGCGUGUUCGCUCCUCCCCGCGGCGGCUCCAUUCUUGCCGGUCCCUUGCCGCCGCGCGCCGCAGCUGUCGCCGUCGGCGCGGCCGUUCCAGCCGUCGCCCCGCGUCGUGCUGGUGCAGUGGACGCCGCCGCCUCGCGGCUGGUUCAAGAUCAAUUUUGACGGUUCAGUCUACCACGACGGCUCCGGGCGGGCUAGCAUCGGCGGCGCGAUCCGCGACAGCGCCGGCCGCGUCGUGCUCGCCUUCGCCGAGCCGACGGAGCACUCGACGGUCGGCAUCGUCGAGGCGCGCGCCAUGAUCCGCGGCCUGCGCCUCGCUCUCGGGCUGGGCCUGCGGCGGGUGGUGGUCGAGGGCGACGACCUCGUGCUGGUGCAGCUGCUGCGCGGCGAGGAGACGCAGACGCGGAUCCCCGUCGCGAUGCAGGAAGAGCUCCAUGGCCUGCUGCGGUGCUUCGACGGCUGCGACGUCCAGCACGUGUACCGGGAGGGAAACGCGGUGGCGCACACCCUCUGCCGGCAGGCGUACCACGGCCCGGGGGUGUGGGUGGGCGGGCGCGUGCCGCUGCCGCUCGCCGUGUGGGAGAAGAGUGAAGAUGACAGGCAUGGCGUGGUGCACGAGCGCACAGUGGGCCGUGCAGGCUGA